CAACAACAGAUUGAAAAGUGAAAAGUGGACACAUAUAAUACGUUAUUGAUUCGAGCACAGAAGAAGGAAAAUCGAAAAAGACCACAUCAAAAACAAUAAAUUUUUGGUGAAUAAAGACAAUAACAAUGGUAAAGCAAAAGGUGAAUCAUGCGAAGCUCUCUGAAUUGUUCACGUGUCGUUUGUGUAAUAAAUAUCUCAGAGACGCCACCACAAUAUGUGAAUGCUUGCAUUCUUUUUGCAGGGAAUGUAUAGAAAAGAAGCUAACAGAUGAGAAAUUAAAUCAUUGUCCAGUAUGCAAUGUAGACUUGGGUUGUUCUCCAUUAGAUAAACUAAGGACAGAUAAUAAUCUGCAAGGUAUGAGGGACAAAUUUUUCUCCAAUAAAGGAAAAAAUGUUAAGAAAACUGUGUCAACCAAAAAGAAGAAGAAGUCUCAAUUCUCAACAAAGACCAAUGGAAAAAAGGCCAAAAGAGCUUCAAAAAAAGUUAAGAAUGAUGCAACUGAAAAGGAGGCACAAGAAGAGACAAAGCAGAUGCAAGAAUUCUCUAUUACUCCACAAGAACCAAAAGUUUCUGCUUCUGAAAUGGUAGCUGAUGUUAAGAAAGAGGAAAGAAAACACUGUGGGAUAGAAAUUUUGGAUGAAGUUUCGACAAUUCUAUCUGCUAGAAGAGCAAAAGCUGUAGCUAGAAAAAAGUUCAUUAGAACUGACUUAAUUCCUACAGUUGAUGAAAAGAAAGAUGAUAAGCUCCCUCAGUUUGAAACAUUCAGUGAGACUCCAAAAAUCAGAUUUAAGAUGUCUUCAAAACCAGAAUCAAGUCAGAGAAUAGUGCUCAAGAAUGUUUCAGAGGACAAUGCCGAGUUAAGGAAAGGAAAAGCUGUUAUGUAUGAUGAGCCAUUCAAUUACCUUGUGGAAACUAAAAGCAAAAACAAGUCUCCUAAUAACUCUACUAUGCAAGAAAAUGGUGUCAUUCCAAUGCUUUUGGACUCUAGUGACAAUGAUUCUCAUCAUGUGCCUAAGGUUCAAGUUAAGAAACAUUGGAACCACCAAAUAGAACCACUGUGGGAUCUAAAUGAAUCUGUUUCUCCAAAUAAAGAUCCCUUGAAGUUUAAGCUUAAGUUGCUGGACAGAAACCAAGAAAAAAGACUCAAAUUUAUUGAAGACUUGAAUCUUCCAGCACAACCUGAGAGUGAAAACCACAAAGAAACUGGUCCUAUUUGGUUCUCCUUGGUUGCUUCUAAAGAGAGGGAAGUUGGUGCAACAUUGCCACAAAUAUAUCCUUCCUACCUAAGGGUCAAGAAUGGAAAUUUAUCUGUUUCCUAUAUCAAAAAGUAUCUUGUGAUGAAGCUUGGUCUUUUUAGUGAAGCUGAGGUGGAGAUCUUAUUAGAAGGUAAACCGGUUUUAUCAUCAAUGCAGCUGCAAAACUUAGUGGAGUUUUGGUUGGAAACAAUACCAAAGAAUGGGAAGAUUCAUACAUCUGUUGGAAGCUCAGCUAAGGAUUAUAUUAUGGUCCUUUCGUAUGGUCGUAAAGCUUGAGUUGAGGACUCAUACAUAUACUAUUUAGAGAUAUCUUUGGAUUCAAUUUUGAGAGUGACAAAAAGUGGUUCUUUAAUUAUAGAAUUGAUUUUUUUUAUACAUAUUUAAGAGGUUUGGAUGCUCUUCAUUUCUGUUUCUCUCCAAAUUUUCCCAAAAGUGGUUAUUACAGUGUCACAUUAGGUGAGUCCAUGUAUUAAUUAUACAUUUAAAAUCAUGGCUAAACUUUAGUUAUGGAGAGAGAAAUGUAUAGCAUCCAUUUCAAUGUUUGAAUAUUAGUGUCUCUAGAAUUUA